CUAAUCUCUGCACUAAUGGGCCUCAAGGCCCACAAAAUCACGGCCCACGAGUUGCUUCCAGACUCCACGGCUCAGCCUCUGCCACGGCGGCGACACCCGACUUCUCCUUCUCCUCUUCCCCCGCCGUCGUGGAAGGGAGGAGAGCGGCGGCGCCGGCCACCGGCCACCGGAAGGGUUCGGGAGUGGUGGUGUUGGGUAGUGAAGUCGGCUGCGGCGAUGUUGUCCAGGAUCUCGCAGCUCGGGGCGCGGCUUCUGCGCGAGAACAGAGCUGUAGGGAAUUUGGCAAGCAGUACAACCAGCUAUUAUCGAGGUCAACUCAGCCGACGUUUUGUCCCAACGAAGAACAUCUUAUUCUCCACAGCAACAACUAGUAGUGAUCGUGACGAUGGCAGUCAGAGCAAGGAGAAGAUCUCUGUAACAUUUGUGAACAAGGAUGGCACAGAGCAGACAAUCAGUGUCCCUGUUGGAAUGUCCAUCUUAGAAGCUGCUCAUGAAAAUGACAUCGAACUUGAAGGAGCAUGUGAAGGUUCACUUGCGUGUUCAACCUGUCAUGUCAUAGUUAUGGAUGUAAAUUAUUAUAAUAAGCUAGAAGAUCCAACAGAUGAAGAAAAUGAUAUGCUUGACCUUGCAUUUGGACUUACAGAAACGUCUCGUCUUGGCUGUCAAGUGAUAGCAAAGCCAGAACUUGAUGGCAUGCGACUGGCAUUACCAGCAGCUACACGAAACUUUGCGGUGGAUGGCUUUGUACCAAAACCACACUAAAAGACUGAUAACUGAGACUGAGAAGUGAGAACACAGGUUCUUACACAGCAUCAUCAAUUUUGUAGCCCAACACUUGUAACUUAAACAACAGCCUUUGGUGUUAUGAGGCUUUUGUGUUCCAGAGAGGAUUUGUUCAUUGUUGAGCUCCUCGGUUAGUUACGGAAAUUAUUAUUUCAUCAGUGCCACACUACCACCGGGUGAAUAAAAUGCUUCUUCUGCAUGUUUAUUGGCUUA